CUUCAUCGUUCUCUGUCGCUCUGCUUUUUAUAGCCAUGUCUUCCCAGGGCUCGGCAGCUACAAAAGCCUUUUCAUGUUGCCACUAUAAUUACUGCCUACACACACGCGUACACACACACACACACACACACACGUAGAGGAGUGCACCAGCAGUGUGUCUUUGUGUCUGCAUGUGUGUGCGUGCGUGCUCCGCAUGUGCUGUUAUACACAAAAGGGUGAGCUAUUUUUACCUCCAACGCCCCCCUCCCCUGCCUCCAUCCCCCCAUCCCUCUUUUUGCUGCUGCCAGCCACGUUUGCUAUGCUGAGCACAGGCAGUAUCAGUCGAGCCCCAACAUCCCUCCAUUCGCACGCGGAUCUCACUGCGAUGCAGGCUGCUCUUCCCCGCGCCAUCCCUCACAUCCAAGCAUGUUUUUGGGCACCUCUGAAAAUUCUUCAUGUCACAGCCAGAUGCUCAGGGCAGUGGUAGCGGCACCGGAACACGCGCCCGCUGCCAAGCAGAUGACUUAAAUCCAGCUCGCUUGGACUAAAGCGCCUGAUUAGCAGGGCUGUUGCUGCAAGCACGUCUCAAUGUUGCGGACCAUAUUUGAAGCAGAGUGUUCUCUGUCUCCCACAGAGGGGAUCCUGGGAAAGGAACAACCACUGGAGGUUCUGAAGACGUCGGCGCUCAACCACAUCCCAACAGUGGACAUCAACUCAGCACUGCCCCUGCGCCUCCCUCCGGCCGCCAUCCCCAUGGAUCUGCGCGUGGACCAGCAGCAGCAGGUGUCCCCGCUGUCUCCUCCCCGUCAGCAGUCCCCGCUCCAGGCCGGCGGGGGCGUGGCCUCGGCUCCUGUGCGCGAGCAGCAGCUGCAGCAGGAGUUGCUGAACCUGAAGCAGAAGCAGCAGAUCCAGAGGCAGAUCCUCAUCGCCGAGUUCCAGCGGCAGCACGAGCAGCUUUCCCGCCAGCACGAGGCCCAGCUCCAGGAACACAUAAAGCAGCAACAGGAGCUGCUGGCCAUAAAGCACCAACAGGAGCUUCUGGAGCAUCAGAGGAAAAUGGAGAACCACCGUCUGGAGCAGGAGCUGGAGAAGCAGCAGCGUGAGCAGAAACUGCAGCUACUGAAGAACAAGGAGAGGGGACAGGAGAGUGCUGUGGCCAGUACUGAGGUUAAGAUGCGUCUCCAGGAGUUUGUCCUAAACAAGAAAAAGGCGCUGGCCCAGCGCAGCCUCAACCAGGGUGGUCCCCCCAACGAUGCCCCCUACUGGUACAGAAAAACUCAGCACAGUUCUCUGGACCAGAGCUCACCUCCACAGACUGGCAUGUCCGCCUACAACCACCCCGUGCUGGGCGUCUACAAUCCCCGCGAUGACUUUCCGCUGCGGAAAACAGCCUCGGAACCCAACUUGAAGCUGCGCUCCAGGCUAAAGCAGAAGGUCAGCGAGCGCAGGAGCAGUCCACUCCUUCGCCGACGAGACAGUCCUAUCACUUCUGCAAAAAAGCGCUCCCUCGACAUAGCAGAUUCCGUGUGUAGCAGCGCCCCGGGCUCGGGCCCAAGCUCCCCGAACAACAGUUCCAACAAUAUCCCCAACGAAAACGGCAUCACUGUGUCAGUCUCCAACAGCACUGAGGCAUCAAUGAGCCAGAGGCUGUGCAGCGGUGCUGAGCGGGGCUCUAUUAACCAGCUGUCCCUCUACACCUCACCGUCUCUGCCAAACAUCACCCUGGGCUUGCCUGCCACCGCCACCGCUACCGCCGCAUCCAAUGUGACGUCCGCUCAGCAGGAUGGCGGUCUGCAGCCGGCGCUAUCCCUCAGCCCUCCUUUCCUUUCUGGUGGACACUUGACACCCUACCUGGCUGAGGCGGCUGCAGGGACAGGCGGACACGGCGCGCACAGUCCGCUACUUCAGCACAUGGUACUCAUGGAGCAGAAUCCCGCACAGAGCCCCCUGGUGACAGGUGUCGGGGGCCUGGCCAUGUCGUCAGCAGCCUCCAUGGCCAAGUUGCAGAGGCAGCACCGACCUCUGGGACGCACCCAGUCGGCGCCGCUGCCCCAGGGGAGCGCUGCCCAGGCCCAUGCACAGGCGCUGGCCCUGCAGCAGCUGGUGGUCCAGCAGCAACACCAACAGUUCCUGGAGAAGCACAAGCAACAGUUCCAGCAGCAGCAGCUGCAAUUCAACAAGAUGAUAGCCAAGCCCAGUGAGUCGCCUGUGGGCCGACAGCACCAGAGCCACCCUGAGGAAACGGAGGAGGAGCUGAGAGAGCACCAAGAUGUUGGUGCUUUACCGCUAGGGGUCACCAUUAAGCAGGAGCCCCCCGACCCGCAAGAGCUGGAGGAGGAGGUACUGCAGCAGCACCGAGAGCGAGAGAGGCAGGCGGAACAGGAACUACUCUUUAGACAGCAGGCCCUGUUGUUGGAACAGCAACGCAUUCACCAGUUGAGAAACUAUCAAGCUUCCAUGGAGGCUGCCGGCCUAUCUAUCUCCUUCCCAGGACACCGCCCUCUUUCCCGGGCCCAGUCGUCUCCAGCCUCAGCCUCCUCAUUUUCCAUCAGUGUCCCACCCACCGAUCCGCCCGUCAAGCCACGCUUCACCACAGGCCUGGUGUAUGAUUCCCUCAUGCAGAAGCACCAGUGCAUGUGUGGAAACACCAACAGUCACCCAGAGCAUGCGGGACGCAUCCAGAGCAUUUGGUCCCGCUUGCAGGAGACUGGACUCAGGGCGCAGUGCGAGUGCAUCCGCGGGAGGAAGGCAACUCUGGAGGAACUGCAGACCGUUCACUCUGAAGCCCACGUCUUGCUGUAUGGAACCAACCCUCUCCGACAGAAACUUGAUUGUUCAAUCACUCCCAUGUUUGUGCGGCUACCAUGUGGCGGCGUGGGAGUGGACAGUGACACUAUCUGGAAUGAAGUCCACUCCUCCAGUGCAGCUCGCCUCGCCGUCGGCUCUGUUGUGGAGCUGGUCUUCAAAGUGGCCACUGGGGAACUGAAGAAUGGUUUUGCUGUGGUCCGACCUCCCGGACACCACGCAGAGGAAAGCACUCCCAUGGGCUUCUGCUACUUCAACUCCGUCGCCAUCGCUGCCAAAUUGCUGCAGCAGAGACUGAACAUCAAUAGGAUCCUCAUUGUUGAUUGGGACGUUCACCACGGCAACGGCACUCAACAAGCCUUCUACGAUGACCCCAAUGUUCUUUACCUGUCUAUCCAUCGCUAUGACGAUGGCAAUUUCUUCCCGGGUAGUGGCGCACCUGAGGAGGUGGGAAGUGGUCUUGGAGUUGGGUUCAACGUCAAUGUGGCCUUUACUGGAGGCCUGGACCCACCUAUGGGAGAUGCCGAGUACCUGGCUGCCUUCAGAUCAGUGGUGAUGCCGAUCGCCAACGAGUUUGCUCCAGACAUUGUGCUCGUGUCCUCCGGCUUCGACGCCGUGGAAGGACACCCUCCACCGUUGGGAGGCUACACCCUGUCGUCCAAAUGUUUGGGGUACCUGACCCGCCAGCUGAUGAGCCUGGCUGGAGGCAGGUUGGUCCUGGCUCUGGAGGGGGGUCAUGAUCUGACGGCCAUCUGCGAUGCCUCCGAGGCAUGUGUGGCUGCGCUGCUGGGACAGGAGUUAGAUCCACUGCCCAAGGCUGUACUAGAGCAGAGACCCAACCCCAAUGCUGUCCGGUCUCUGGAGAACGUUCUGGAGACACACUGUAAGUACUGGAGUUCAGCGCAUCGCCACUCGCCGUUGCUGGGCCUUUCUCAUUCAGAGGCCAAGCGCGGAGACUCGGAGGAAGCGGAGGCUGUCAGCGCCAUGGCCUCUCUGUCCGUGGCCAACACGGGCGCAAUGGAUCACAGACAAGAGGAGGAACCAAUGGAAGAGGAGGAACCACUGUAACUGGCGAGAAAGACAACAGUGUCACACUGUUAGCAUUGACCUCUUCGGAGAAGACCUCCCUGAGCUGCAAAGAGUCUCGACUGAUCCCUUCAUUUAGACCUCGCUUGGCGGAGGAAGAGGGGGCGGGCUCAGCCUCAAGAGUUUGGAGCCAAUCAGGAGACAAGAGGACCGGACUAGGAAAACAAAACAUUGUUGAGGAGGCUUUUUUUUAUUUUAUUCUGCCGGUCUUUGCACCCCAAUGCAGUUGUUUUGGGGUGGGGAGUUGGGGUGGGGGGGUGAGGUCUCGCCGUGACAAGCGGAGCGGAAACAUAACGGUGCUUUGCGCAAGCUGCCAGGGACAGCGCACGCCCCCGACGGGGGAUAUUCUUUUCCCAACGACUCUACAACACGCGUUCACUGUGGACUUUUAGUCGACCCGGGUCGGCUCUUACAAAGUUUUUCGUGGGAGGUUCUGAGAGGAGUGCCUUGGUGAGGGUCCGCUGGAUUUCACGAUUGUUUCAGGAAAAGUUUGCCUUAAGAUGCUCUCUCCUUUGGGGGAGGAGGGACAAUACAGCAAACAAUCUUUCAGCAUGUUUACUUGGAAGGUGGCCACGCUUCUCUUGAAGAGUUAUUUUCCGUUUUUUGUUUGGUUUUUUUUUCUUGGAUGGAUCUAUUUUUCUGCGGAAAGGGACGUGCUUUGUACAGGUAGUUGCCAGCGUCAGUAGUGGAAUUAACAUGUAGCUUCCCUUUAACAGACGUCUGUGUAACGAGCAUGGAAAAGGAGGCGCGGGCGGGACAUUCGGAAUGUGAAGCGACGGAAAGCCAAAGCAUGAAUCUGCAUCACAUUUUUACGGCACAUUAGAAUUGACUCUCCUGAGCUGCCCCCGUGCUGUGCUGGCAACUACCUACUUAACUCCUGAAAAUCCAGUCUUGUAUAUAAAAUUGAGUAUAUUUUCUGGGGCCGUGGCCCCUUCAUAUCGUUUUUUUUUUUUUUUUUUUUUUUUUGGCUUUUUUCAUUCCCCCAUAUUGUUUUUUUUUAUCCGUUUUCGGGAUAGCGAUAGGGCUGCCGUGACAGGAUUCUUGUAUUUAUCAAACUUUCUUUCUUUGUAUGGCUCGCCAGGCCGCUGUGCAUUUUCAUCGAUUGUGUAUUUAUAACGUACUGUUUAUAGAAGAUUUGUAUAUGGAAAUUUAUAUAUGUACCCUUAACUAAUGACAGCUACGAUAUUGUGAACGAAACACGGUAUGGUGUGGAAAAAAAGAAAGACAAAACAAGCAAGAAGCAGCAUAUUUAGCUCCUCAUGGACUGCACUGUUUGGCUAGAACAUCAUCACGCGGCACUGCGGCCCCAUUUCUCCUGGUAGAGUCAAUCACUUUGUUGCCUGAAGCGGUAUAUCUCGGAUGACGUGCACUUACUUACACGCCCGUGACCUCGCCGCCAGCAGGUCCAAAGGCCGUUUUUAUGUAGCGAGCUGCUUUUUUGUUAUUGUUUUAGAAAAGGAUGAUUGGUUUCUUUGCAGGACGACGAUAAUCGAUGUAUUGCAAGACAAUUUGUUUACACUACCUGUGUCGGAAGAGGUUCUCUUCUUUGAUUUCAACAAGUGGUGCAAGUAAAUAUCUAUUAUUGGGGCGUAUUGCUCUAUUUUGACCCCAGUCAUAUCUGUCUAUUAACACCUAGUCACCACCAUCACACUUAUUCUAAGUUGUCUUUUUAUAAACUUGUAAAAUGUACUUUUUUUAACAUCUAACAAAAACAUUCCAUUUGAUUAAUUUGGCGUUCGGAAGUUGCUUUUUUUGUUUGAAGUACCUGCUUGCACCAACUUUGAACUCUUUGCAUGGUUUGUGAGUCAGCAUGCCUGCUUGUCUGUGUAACGAAAAUGUAUUUGCACAACAGAGGAAGAAGAAAACAGGAGCCCAGAUGCUCUUUCUCCCUGUCCCGUGUGCAAACAUUUGAAAAGACUCUGUCCCAAUGGCGCCGCUUGGUACCGUUUGGUUCUGGUUGUGAUUUUAGCACUUAGACUAUGGAUGGACUGUGUUUGCGCUGCCAAACCUCUGCUACGUUCAUAAAAGACCCUCCCAAAGAAUGUUCCUCUUUCAAAGAUGUUUCAAACAGGCACUGCUCACGCUGGAGAAAUGCUGCGCUUUUAACGGAGGAAAGGUUUGGAGGAGGACAUUUGAUUGUCACACCCACCUUGGCCAGUCCUACAAAUAACCACUGUGGCUCAAGAGCAAUUCUUGGUUUACAUGUACAUGGGAAAGACGUUAUUAUGAUGAUUAUUUUUUUUAUUUGUUUGCCGUUUAUGUCUCUAACAAUGAAAAAUGUUAUUUCUUGGGGACCUACGCUUUGGAAGUUUCAUCUCUGACAUCUAUAAAAUAUAUUUCUGAAAAAUACGACUGACUUUGGCUUG